AUGUCUUCGAAUGUACCUGAAAUACGAGUCUAUUCUCCCUCCGAAAGAAGUAACUCGAAAGAAAAGUUAAAUAUAUUUAGUUGGCAAACACCGAAAUUUGAAUUAACAUCAUCUACUCAUUCAAAUAAAAAUGAGCAUCAACAGCUUCGCUUUUUUGGUGCAAGUAAUAGAAACGUCAACGUUUAUUUCAGGAGUGAUAAAAUUAAUUCUGAAGCCUACGAUACUCUACAUCCUUUGGGACUUGUAAAAUGGGAGAAUACGUUUAAUAUGCGGUCUUAUAAUCUGAGUAACUUUCCUACGAGUACAACUAGCUAUAGAACUGCUUAUAGAUCACAAGCUGUUGCUAUGCAAAGAGCAAGACUUGGAUUUAUUUCUGGUACAGCAAAAUCACUUGAUAUCUUGCGACAAAAUAUGCAGAAGUUUAUAAACAAGGAAAUCGAUGAAAUAAUUCAAAAAUAUAUUGAAAAGUUUUUCAAACCAGGUGUCGAAAAUAUUAAAAUAAAUAAUGGAGAAAAUUCAGUAUCUGAUCAGCACAUACAGUCUGUAUGUCGUCAAAUUUUGGAAGAAGCUAAAAAAAUGUACCAGUGUUCAUCUAAUCGCGGAAAUAGUCCUGCUGAGUUUAUUGAACUUGAAAAUAGCUCUUCCAGCGAUCAAAAGUCCAGCAGUAAUGUCACAAAAACUUUAAUAAAAAAACGAAAAGAUUCUGACAGUGAUUCAGAAGCAAGUUUUGUUCCUGUAAAACCAAAGAAGAAAAAAGGUAGACCACCAAAUGUAACAUCUGGACGCUCUACUCCCAUGAAAUUAAAAAUUGAACAAGUAAGACGGGAGGGUCCUAAGUGGGAUCCAUCACGUUUGACUCCAGAAACACAGUUCAUUAUGGGAGCAAAAGCAAAUAAGGCCUUAGGUUUGGGUGCAACAAGAGGCCGCCUUUAUAGUAAGCAUCCUGAAAUAUUCAAGUAUUCUGGUGAUCAAGAAGAUAAACAGUGGUUAUACGAUCACAAUCUUAUGCCAGCAACUGGAGGUAAAGCGUACAUGCUGCUAAUUGAAGAUAUUAAAGAACUAGCAGAGUCUGAAGAAUACAGGAAUAACCCAGCACUUAUGACUGAUGAAAUUAUUGGGUUUACUGUUCCUGAAACAAUGAUUCAUAAAAUGAAGCAAACAAUGUUACACAUGAGAACUGACAUGCCAACAAAAAGACGUGGUCGGCCAGCUGCGUCACACAAUGAUAACACGGUAGAUAUAAAAUUAGACGAUUUUACCUCUGAUGAAAAACACGGGUCUGGUACUGUAUCUCCAACCGAUGAGCUUGAUCUGUUGAACUCGGAUAUGCGUUCUACUGACCCUUCACCAUUUAGUCUAGGUACCGGUUUUGAAGAUGUCAGCCCAGCUCAACCAGAGAUUUCUCCAGCACCAUCCGAUUUGAGUGCUUCAUUUGAACCACCAUUAUCUGCACCUUUUGACAUAGGUUCUACACCAUGA